AACGAAUUUUGGCAUCUACGAUUCUAUUCGACGAAUCUAUUUUCUCCCUCCCUUUAAUAAAGAGCUUUGAUAGUUCUCUCGGUGGUGUUUUGGAUCCUUUGAGCGACUCUGAUUAUCUCCGCCGGAAUUCUCAAACGUGCUUUGCUUUGUUUCUCUUACUUUCUUCCUCCUUGUCUGGAUGGUUGUUCUUUAAAUCAUGUUCUAAUUCUUGCUUCUCUUGUGUCUUUCUCAGCAUCGGCUCUGAUUAUCUCCGCCGGAAUUCUCCAUUUAUAGAAGAAUCCCCAUCUGGGAUUCGCUCAUCAGUUGGUGAUUCUUCAAUUUCAGCACGAGAUGGAUGGUUUGAAACAAGGUUUGGAGCACGCAAAUGUGUCAUCUGAAACAAUGGAGAAGCAUACAGGGUGUUCUUCAAAGGAGGGGAAAGGGAAGAGAUUGUGGAAGAAGGUUAAGUAUCAGCUGGUAGAGUACCAUUCUUUGCCAGGGUAUUUGAAGGACAAUGAGUAUAUUGUUGGUCAUUAUAGAUCAGAAUGGCCGUUGAAGCAGAUUUUGCUUAGCAUCUUCACCAUUCACAAUGAGACACUUAAUGUUUGGACGCAUUUGAUUGGGUUUUUCUUCUUCCUUUCCCUUACCAUAUACACUGCUAUGAAGGUUCCAAGGGUUGUUGAUCUUCAUUCGCUGCAACAAAUUCCUGAUGUGUUGAGGAGGGCCGAUUUGCACAAACUGCAUGCAGAACUCAUGACAUGCCUGCCCUCCUUACCCCACAUGCCUGACCUGCACAAACUUCGGGAGGAAUUAAAGACAACAUUACCUUCAAUGGAUUUACUUCCUUCACUCCAAGGAUGGAAUUUUAUGGAAGUCCUAUAUAAUUGCUUGCCUGAGAGAUUCUCCAAUGGAAACUACACUGAUGUUUGUGUUCUGCGAAGUGUGAAGGAGGACGUGGCAAACAUAAUAGCACCCCUGAUGGUUAGACCAAUAACAAGGUGGCCCUUUUUUGUUUUCUUAGGAGGGGCAAUGUUUUGUUUACUCGCUAGCAGCACAUGCCACCUCCUCUCUUGCCAUUCCGAGCGCUUGUCAUACAUCAUGCUCAGGCUAGACUAUGCUGGGAUUGCAGCCCUCAUAUCUACUUCCUUCUAUCCUCCUGUGUAUUACUCCUUCAUGUGUAACCCAUUUUUCUGCAAUCUCUACAUGGUAUUCAUAACCGUCUUGGGAGUAGCCACAAUUUUGUUCUCUCUGCUGCCAAUGUUUCAGACUCCAGAGUUUCGUACCAUCCGAGCAUCCCUCUUCCUUGGUAUGGGCUUGUCUGGGAUAGCUCCUAUUUUUCACAAGCUCAUCUUGUUCUGGCACCAGCCUGAGGCACUCCACACUACCGGGUAUGAGAUUUUGAUGGGACUUCUGUAUGGGCUUGGGGCCCUGGUGUAUGCCACAAGGAUUCCAGAGCGAUGGAUGCCUGGAAAAUUUGACAUUGCUGGGCAUAGCCACCAACUUUUCCACAUAUUGGUUGUGGCUGGUGCAUACACCCAUUAUCGUGCUGGGCUGGUUUACCUCAAAUGGCGAGACCUUUAUGGAUGUUAAAAGAUAUGGGCAUAUGAUAGCAGAUGAUUGAUGUGAUUUGAGUCUGGUUUAUGGUUAUUUACCUAGAGCCUUCUCUUCAUCAUCUUUGUAUCGUUUUCUUAUAUACAUAUAUAAACAAAACUAAUAAGAAUAAUGGCAAAUUUCAUUG